AUGAAUCAAAUCUCUUCACUGAGGCCGCAAAGGGAUGAAAUAACGAGCAUGAGCUGGGCAAAUGCGGACCAGACAGAAUUGCUCACAGCACAGUUGGACAAGCAGCUGAAGCUAUUUGAUACGGUCUCGAAUACAUAUUCCACAUUGUUCACGCUUCAAAAGGGAAGUGGCGCUGUUCGUGGGAUCCAGAAAACAAACUCUGGCUCAUUUUUAUCAGCAGUGGAGUCCGGUGAAUUGUCACUUUCUACAUCAUCCGGAAAAGUGGUCAAAGAACUGGAUGCGGGAUGUGAUUUGCGUGUGAUGAUUCCGAAAUGCGAGGAAGAUGGAGUGUGCGCGACCGGUGGCAAAGAAAACCCGUUGAAAGUGUGGAACAUGGAAAGAGGCGAAACAAUUUUUAUCGCAAAAAAUGUGCGUCCGGAUGAGCUGCAGCUGCGAGUUCCAGUAUGGGUGAACGACAUACGCUUCAUCCCGAAAUCACAAAACAUCAUACGGCUUUAUGAUCCUCGUACACAGCGAAGGCCUGUGAAAGAGAUGCUGUGGAUGGAAGAACCACUAACAGCAAUGUCACUUUGCCAAAAUGAAAUGCAUAUUGUUGCUGGAAAUACUCACGGAGACAUGGGACUUUUUGAUCUACGAAAUAGAAUGCAUCUGAUAUGUAAGUACAAGGGCUUCGCUGGUUCCAUCAGUGGCAUCGAUGCUCAUCAAUCGGCACAGUACAUCGCCUCGUGCUCGUUCGAUCGAUUCGUGCGACUGCAUGAUUUGAAUUCCAAGAAACUGAUCAAAAAGGUCUACUGUAAAGCGCGUUUGAAUCGCAUUCUGCUGCGCGAUAAGCUGGCCAGCUUCAUAAAUGAAAAUGACGAAAUUAACGAGCUGGAGUUGAAGAGAUAUGAGGAUGACUGGAUGAAAAUCAAGGUAAUCAUCUUCAAAUUAAUGCUGGUGGCGGGUCACCUGGUGGCGCUGCAUCAGUCGAUAGCGCUACUCGGUGUGACCGUUUGGGUUUGUUCCGUUGUUCUGGCUACAUUUCCCUGUUAG